AUGAGUGGCGACGUACAGUCAUGGGCACUGCCGCGGCUGCAACGUCUGCUUCCCAUCGACGACGGCUCGCUGAAAGAAAUCGUCACUUAUACAUGCAGUCUCUCAAAGCCCGCGGCUGCAGACCAUUUGAAGAACCUACUGGGAGACUCACCGCAAGCACUUGAAUUUAUCUCAUCAUUCAACGCCCGACGAUCAAACGUCCCGCCCGAGCAGGCUUCCUCACUGGCCACCGGCACUUCAGAUGGAGCUGCAUCUCCAAGGAAGAAGGCAACGAAGAAAUCAAAGCCUCCACUUCACUCUACGGGCCCUGCUCGCCGCCCCGAAGGUUACGGAAACGUGACGGGCGGCUACAAGAAACACUAUGACGAUGAAAACUACUCGUCUUCAACACCGAGACCGUCCUCACAAGAUCGGAAUAUUCCUUUUCUCUCUAGUGCCCCCGAAGCGCGACAAGCACCUCAUACUACUGCAGGCAUAGUCUCAGGCUCAACCUCUCGUGACGCCUCGCCAGCCAAAUCGUCACAUAAGCUGCCUCCGUCGGCUUCUGGCCAGCUAAUAUCCGACUUUGGAUUUGCCAAUGUGCGGGCAAAGCAGUCUAAAAAGCCCGCGCACCCUACCCACUCGCAGGCACAGUCGCAGUCUGGCGCUUCUACACCAAAUAAGGGUGGUGUCACGAUGACAACAACGACAAGCGUGGCUGACUUGACCUCAGCCAUUGCCGCUCUGGAGCUGGCUACAAAUCCGACCUUGUCCACGAAGAGGAGAAGAUGUGAUUGCAACGCUUCGAUACACCCUCUGUUCACCACCGCACCGAACUGCAUAAACUGUGGAAAGAUCAUCUGUGCUUUCGAAGGGCUCCAGCCCUGUUCGUUUUGCGACUCGCCCCUCCUGAGCAAAGACCAAGUCAACGAUAUGAUCAAGGCGUUGAAAGAGGAACGAGGAAUCGAGAAAAUGGCGGCCCACAAUGCUGCCCAAUCUCAAUCGGGCAAGGGCACCCCAGUCUUCGGUGGCUCGACACCAGACAGCGCUUCUGGGGAUGAGCUGUCCUCUGCAGCAUCGCGAGCACGUGCGCAUCGAGACAAGCUGCUGGCGUUUCAACGAGAAAACGCACAACGAACUCGGGUGUAUGACGAAGCGGCGGACUACGAUAUGAGCUUGACACCAGGCGCCACGCAGUGGAUGAGUCCCGUCCAGCGGGCAGCGGCACUGAAGAAACAGCAGAAGUAUCUGCGGGAGCUGGAGGAGGCCAACCGUCCGGAAUGGGAAAAGAAGAGGACGGUGAUGAGCAUGAGUAUCCGGAAUGGAAAACUAGUCAGAACAUACGGGCGCGAAAAGGCCCCGUCGUCAGAGGACAAGGAAGAUUCCGUGCAUGCCGAUGAGGAUGACGGCGACGAGCAUGAGGGUGACGACGAGCAUCAACACCUCAGUAUAGGAGGCAAAGGCGCCUUCAGCAACAAUCCUCUGUUGGCGACUGGGAAGCUCAUCCGUCCUAUAUGGAAGGCACCGGAACAAACCAGCGAAGGCAAGAGUGCCGAGUCGGACGGGCAUGUCCCUAGGAAGAGCGUGUGGCGGAGAGUGCAAGAUGAUAAUGAAGAUAAUGAGCAAUGGAUUCUGGACGGAGGGCUACACGGAUACGGGACGGAGAGCAGGUUGAUGGAGGACGGAAGUCAACAGGAGUGUGGGUGA